AUGAGUAAUGUCAACAGUAUUACAAACAUGUCGCCCAUAUUGUCAAGUGUAUUUAGACGAUAUUAUCGUGUUUUCAGGAUCAAUCGAAGAGCUUGUCCAACAUUUAUAUCAAGUAUUGAAGUGUUUACUGCAAAACAAUUUGAAAUUAAAUCCACAAAAUGUACGACCGAACAGCCAAAAAUAGAUUAUUUGGGACAUACAAUUACACCCCUCAAUGACAAAAUUAAUGCAAUUUUAAGAUUAAAAGAACCGAGAACACUGAAAGAAACUAAUCAUUUUUUAGGUGCGCUUGCAUGGUAUCGUAAGUUUAUACCCAAAUUCGCAGAAAUUGCAGCGCCGAUUCAUGCUGUUACCAACCUUACAAAGAAAAAUCGUUACAAAUUUAAAUGGCAAGAGCAACAAUCAAAUUCAUUUUAUGAUUUGAAGGAAAAAUUAACAGCUGCACCAUUGUUAUUACAAUUUCCAAAUGAUAAAUACCCAUUGAUCCUGAGCACCGAUGCAUCAAAUAAAGGAAUUAGUGGAAUACUCCGCCAGGAAAUAGAUGACCAAGUAUACAAUAUAUAUUAUCAUUCACAAGUGAUAACAGAAGUGGAGCAAAAUUAUGAUAUAAUCGAAAAGAAAGCAUUGGCAAUAUGGCAAUGGUUCGAACGAAUGAGAACGUAUCAGCGGACGACCAAUUAUAGCUUAUACAGAUCACUGCCUGCUAUGCCGUAUGAUGAAAAAAGAUGUUAA